AUUUACCGUUCCAACAGCAUUACGCAUACAUUGACCCACGAUUUUUAUUUAGUGACUCGACGAUGUGAUGCUAGAUUCGUAGCUCUUAAAGUUAAGGAUUCUCCCACAACUCUCUGACACAAUUUUAAACAGGACGGCCCACUAAAACUGGGAGGCGCCAAGUCUUAAACGCUAGUUGCAAGUUCGAUGGUCUAGCUAGGUCCGUAGGAACAGUGUAGAAGAUUUUUCAAGAAGAUGCAUACAUUAGUAGUCCGUUCGUUUUUCUAAUAGCUGGAGACAGGAAAUCGCCUUAACAUUUUUGAUAGGAACAGUCUGCUACUCUUUAUUAUCGAGGUCAGUCCAUAAAUUAAAUCAGAAACAUGAAAGGUCACGUGACCUGAUAAUUAUCCACAAACCUCUGGUCAAGCAGAUUUUUGUCCGGGCAUCGCAAAUAUUGGUGUAGUGGUUCGUGUGAUUCAAUCCAGAGUGUAUAUAUCGCUUUUUAGUGUGUCUAACGGAUGUCUUUUUUCAUAUUGCAUAUAGUUUUGACAUCUUUCUCUGAACGAUUGUCAUUCGUAUCCAUGCGAAUAGUUUGUCACUAUUGUCUUAAAGCGACUGAACACGGCAAUCCAGUCCUCCUCUAUAUAGUCACUGGAAUUUCUGAAGUGACGACUAAGGUGACAUUACUUUCCAGUUAGACGAAAAGUUAAACACCGUUUGGUCCUCAUAUUCAUUUGCUUCGGUCUAGUGCUCUGGGUUAUAUGGUUAAGGGGGACGUAACUGAAAAGGUAUUAUAAUAACAAGUGCACACUGAAUUCCAUAUUAUUCUCAGAACCAAAUAAUACCACCCCAAAGUUUUGAUUGUUCGUGCGUCAUGACAUUUCAACUGAUUAAACUGCUAACUGCCGUAAAACAGUAAUUGCUCAAUCUGUAGCUAUACUUGAUAGACGAUUUACUCAAGGUUCUAUGUUGUCUAAAGUGAGUAUUUAUCCUGUAUGAGGCGUGUAACUCGAAAAAGUGAUGUUACGAUGCUUAUAUUUGUCAGGUGCCAUUUGUUGAGGACUACUAUCAUGAUUAACAGCUCAUCACAAGGAUCUGCGGAAUGUUUUUCGCAAGUCUUAAUGGGAGCCUUGCCGAAUUUUUUUUACAAGUAUCUUUUUUAAUUUUGAACUGUUCCACGACCUCUAAAACGUGUAGAUUGAUAUAAGCAAAUGAAUUUCCUCAUGAAUAAAUGAAACUGUAGGGCUGGUAAGUGUGCAUUCAGUGUUUUUUCACAAAAGAUAUAUUCAUGGAAAGUGCAGAUCUUUAAUGUCCCAUCGGGUUACUCAAGUGAAAUACUUCUCAAAUAACGGUAUUCUACUGUAAUUACUAUCAAAGUCGAAGGGUCAGCUUCGUUUCAAACAUUAAUUCUAAGGUUAUUUUACAGCAUAUAUUUAUUAUAAUACAUAGCUUAAUUAUUGUGUUGAGUCCGUUCCGGGCCUUUUUCUGUACGAAAUAGCUCUUGAUAUCCCCAGUUUGUUUCGGCGUAUGUGUAUUUUUCAAAUAAUAUUUAUUUGAAGUUAUCAUUUCGCUAUUUUAGAUGGAAAACACGUUCAUAAUAAAUUCUGACUUGCAUGCCAAUUAUUUAUGAGGGGUACAGAGGUCUGAGUGAUAUUUUUUACAUGUACAGAAGUGUCUGUUGGUGUCUAUUCCCACCCACCCCCAUAUCUAGUUGCCCCCUUUCUACCGCUUAAACGUAAACAUUCCGACUGGGUCGCAUCCAUUCGAGUAGUAUCACUUAAAACCAGUUUAAACAACCAUAAUGUAUCUUUUUGUUGCUGCAAUCAAUGAGUAUUUCUAAUCCUCAUUCUUUACCCCUCAUGCUAACCUAUUUUCCUAUUCUUUCCUCUAGCUUUUCUCUAUCGCCUAUAUCUAUUUCCUUGCCUUGGUAACAAAAUCUAGUCUUUUCACGAGUUUGUAGAACUCUGUACUUUCCUAAUGUUUACUCUGACCGGAAUAUUAUUUGUCUUUCUUGACUGAGCAACUUAUUAAAUUAUGUCGUUUUUCUACCUGAUGGCUUGUAUGGUAGCCCAAAUGAAAGUUGGGUUAGCCAAAUUAAACCCGGAUUGUAUGUUAAUAAUUAAAACCCAAAAAAGCGAACUGUCACUGUUCAUCACAGCUAUACUCUUAUAAACUUGUUCAUAUUCGACUCCGUAACUACUGACGUGCACUAGUAGACGACUGUGCGGAUAUCACCCAUCAUCCAAAACAUGUACUUGUUUUUUAACAUGUUUACAUUAGCUCCUGAAUAUAAACAGUAAGUCCAAGUAAUACGCUCGUUCAGUCUCAGAAAAAAAGAAAUAUUACUAAAUGCUCAACCUUAAAUUUUACCACAACUUAUCUUGCACCUGCCCAAACAACUCAAUAUUAGUGCCUUCAUGAUCUGAUGUUAUUAUCUUAAUCUAACCACUUUUAGCCCCUUCUCCACACAUCCACAUUAUACCCUAAAUUACUUAUCGAAAUACUUUGUGGUUGCAAUCGUACAACUGACUGCAGUCUUCGGAUAUUCUUCAUCUCAUCAUUUGAUUUGUACUUUUUAUGCCGUGUUAUUGCUUAGCACCAGGAUCACUUAGUAUUUCUGUGAAACAAUUAAACUGUCUCUUUUGUACUUAUAGUAGAUUUAUACCUAAUAAUUACUAAAAUAGUCUGUUUCAUCAUAUUCUUGACACUGAUAUAUUAAAAAACUCGUCUGUCGUCAGUUUUUCAUGCAGCCAAACGUGGUAUGUUUGAAUCUUGAAAGGUUAUAAUCCUUUAGUAUUUUAUUCGGGUGUUUGGAUAAUAUUAGAUGGACUAGUAGUCAACAAAAGCACCGAAAUGAGUUUUCUGGCAUUUCACCUUAUCUUUCCAGCAUUUCGAAGUGUACAAACAUCCUUUAAAAGCUGAUUAUACAACUCCGGAAAUAAGAACGUUAGAGUUGGACAUCAUACUGUAUAUGUCUCACAAUAAAUACAUUUGAGGUAUCGUUCAUAUUUCAACGAAAGCUAGGUUUAUUUAAGGAGAUGGUCUUACAAGUUGAAGUUUAUAGUUUAAUUGUACUAACCAGGGUGGUCUUGACAUGUUACACCUAUCCCAUAAUGUAUGCAACUUUCAAUAAGUAGUUACCCGUAAAACAUAUAUGGUCUUCAAGUUAUAAAUACGUUGUGCGAAUCUUGACGUGUGUCCGUUCUACCGUUCGCCAAAGCUCAAGUUAAAUUAAAUUCUACUCUGGAAAAAUUCGCCCUUGUGAUGUUUUUUGGUGUUAAAUUAGGAAGAUCUUAAUUGUAGACUCUUAAUCUUCAGCUUCAGGGUGCUUUUCAUCUGACAUUUAAAUAAUACAUGUAUUUUCUUAUCAAUGUUGUUGUCUAGAGCUUUGAGCAAAGCAGUACGACUUCGAGUAAAUUAUUCGAAUAAUAUCAAGUUUUAGAGGUAACUUUGAUACCUUUAUCAGUGAUAAGUUAUCUUUGGAGCGGUACAAGUUUUCAGUCUAUUGAAAUUCGUUUUUUUAUUAGACUGCAGAUUUUCUGGGUAAUGGAGAUUUUGUGCAAUUACUCUCAAAAUCCAGUGGUUGGUUCGUCGAAAAGCAGUCACACGGAGCAUGAACCAGUCCCAGUAUCAGCCAAAGUGCAAGAUACCACUGCUUCUCAGCGACGAAAUAUCAAUUGCACAAGUUCAAAUAUCUUUAGUAGUCUUCAACAUGCCCAUCUUUCUGUAGCCUCCAAUCCGAAUGUCUUAUUUAAGAACGAACUGACAGAAAAUUACUCCGACAAUUUGGCGCCGCGUAUAUCACCAUACCUUCUUGGGAUGCUCCAGUGUAGACCAGUUUCCUUACCUCUUACUCGGAACGUUGUGAAAGAGGGAUGGCUUAUGAAACGCGGCGAACAUAUUAAAAAUUGGCGACGUCGAUAUUUCAAAUUACGGGAAGAUGGGACAUUUUAUGGAUAUAAAAUUCAACCUAAAGAUGAUAUGGCGCAACCUUUAAAUAAUUUCACUGUUCGCGACUGUCAAAUUAUAUGUUUAAACAAACCAAAACCAUACACAUUUCUUAUUCGUGGUUUACAAUGGACCAAUGUAGUGGAACGUUUAUUCUUUGUCGAGACGGAAGCAGAAAGAAAUUAUUGGCUUAGCGCAAUUCAAAGCGUCGCAAAUCGACUCAAAUCAUCAUUUGAGCAGCCAGUAUCCGUACACAGUUUAGAUUUGGCUGAAAAUAUGAUCGUUGAUAUUCCUCAGAGGCCUGUGAAACGUUAUUCUGUAAAUGACUUCAGACUUUUAAAAGUUUUAGGGAAAGGUACUUUUGGAAAAGUGAUUUUGUGUCAAGAAAAUGAAACAGGUCAUUUUUACGCUAUGAAAAUACUAAAGAAAUCUGUACUUAUUGAAAAAGAAGAAGUUGUUCAUACAAUGACUGAAAAUCGUGUGCUACAACAAUGCAAACAUCCAUUUAUGACAGAGCUACGUUAUUCAUUUACUACACCUAAUUAUUUAUGCUUUGUUAUGGAAUAUGUUAAUGGUGGUGAAUUAUUUUUUCAUCUACAACGCGAUCGUGUAUUCUCAGAAGAAAGAGCUAAAUUUUAUGGUGCAGAAAUUACUCUGGCUUUAGGUUAUUUACAUCACCAGAAUGUUGUUUAUAGGGAUCUUAAAUUGGAAAAUUUAUUGUUGGAUAAAGAUGGUCAUAUAAAAAUCGCUGAUUUUGGUCUGUGCAAAGAAGACAUGUACUAUGGUGCAUCAACUAAAACAUUUUGUGGUACACCAGAAUAUUUAGCACCUGAAGUUUUAUUGGAUAACGAUUAUGGGCGUUCAGUUGAUUGGUGGGGCCUUGGUGUAGUAAUGUAUGAAAUGAUGUGUGGACGUUUACCAUUCUACUCAAGUGAUCAUGAAGUUUUGUUUGAACUAAUACUGCAAGACAAUGUCUCCUUCCCAGCUCGUCUUUCACACCCAGCUCAAGAUAUCUUGUCUAGACUUUUAAUUAAAGAUCCAACAAGUCGAUUAGGUGGUGGAGUACAGGAUGUUUUGGAAGUUAUGGCACAUUUGUUUUUUGCGUCAGUCGAUUGGGAUCGUUUAAUAAGAAAAGAUAUUCAACCACCAUGGAAACCAGACGUGGUCGAUGAAAAAGACACAAAAUAUGUUCCAGAUGAAUUCAAGGAUACAUCAGUCGAUUUGACUCCUCCAAACGAUGAUGAAGAUAAUAUGAAUCGAAUUGUCGAUGGACCAUAUUUUGAACAAUUCAGUUUUCAUGGAAGUCGACAAAGUUUGAAUAGUAGAGUCAGUGGUUAUAGUUUUGGUGACACAUUUUAAUAAUGUGUAUUUUACUACAAGUUCAAUUGACUGCCUCUUACAUGAUUUAACUUUCUAUGUACAAAAAAGAAGAAAUGAAGAGAAUGUUAUUAUAACUAAUAAUUUUCAGAUAGAUGAACAGACAAAAAAAACAUUUUAGAGCCUGGAAGUGUGUGUAUAUCCUUUGAUUCCGAUAAUGAAAUAUGUAUAGAUUUAUUUUCAUAUUCAUUCAUUUUCACCUGGUUUUGCUUAUUUUUCUUUCCUUUUUCGAAUACUUGAUAUUAUGACAUACAUUUUAUGUGAAUUAAAUAGGUUUAGUUUCAAUUGGUCUUAGAGAUGUGUAACUUUCAUCUCCUAUUAUUUUUCAUUGAAACUUAUUAUUUCAUUGCCUCGUUUAUUUUAUUAUUAUUAGUAUCAUUUUAAUGUGUGUGUUUUUGUGACAUUUACAAUUUUGGUCAGAUUAAAUCUCAAUUGUUGAUGUUGUUGUUGUUGUCUUUAUUAUCUGCAUCAAGUUGGUUUACUAUUUUCGCUAUUUAGUUAAUCUGUUUCCUUUUUAUUUCCCUCUUUUUUUACUGUUCCCCUCUACUAUCUCACAUCAUUUUAAUGUUGUGUUGACGUGUACACAUACGUCUCCUUUUAUGGAUUUCCCCCUUUUUUAUACAUAAAUCUGUCUAUGCGUAAUGUACUAUUGUUGUUAUUGUUGUCUUGUAGUCGUAAUAAUUUAGGUUCAUUCUACUUCAUGUGCAUGUUUAUGUAUUCUGACACUAGGUUUUAUUUUAGUACCUACAAGAGAAUUAAACCCUUCUUUCUAAGACGAAAAUUAUCCUACAUUCUCAUUUGGUGCAUCUAGAGCUGAUCACCCCGCCCCAUUGUUCAACGAAACAAAAUACCAGGAUCAAUGUAGACAGUAUUACAAUAGUCAUUAUUCAGUUGUAUGAUUUUUAUUGAUAAAAUUCAAUAUAUCUAAUUCAUAGAAAUAAAAAAUUAUAUUGAGUGUUUCUCGUUUUUUACUCAUUGUGUGUCUGUUUGUGUUCAUGUGCUUGUUUUUGUCGACAUAUUAAGUUUACCAUAAUCUAUAAUUACCAUUUACUGAUUUUUUUAGAUGGAGUAUCUGUUACAUUUUAAAAAUAUGUAUUUCUUUCCCAGUUGAGUAAUUUUUUAUGUUAAUUAAUUCUUUUCACGGAAUUCU